AUGUCGACCAUAGCCGCCCUAGGUGGCUGGCUUCCAUUCGCCAUUGUCGCUUUGGAUUGGGCACAAAAUAAAACCGACCGUGAUCAUAUACAAGAAUUUGUGUUAAUUGGCUAUUAUGUGCUUUAUGGUUUGAUUAUUGUACUGGCAUUUUUUCUAAAUCCAUUCAUGUAUUUUUAUUAUGAAGAAAAAGAAGAGGAUGAAAAAGUUUCAACAAGUUAUGGAUCAAUUGGUUUGCCACUUUCAUUUAUUAGAGGACGACAAAGUGCUAGAUUACAACAAACAGAAAUAGAGCAACAACGGACAAAUAAUCAAGAUCAAAUUCGCAGUUUGAAAAAUCGAUAUCCUCGACAUGUGUCAAUGCCUGCUCAUGAGAAACGUUUGUUAGAGGAGUUAGAACAACAAGAGGCUGUCCUUUUGCGUAAUGAAGAAUUGAUACGCAGUGUUCGUUCAAGUUUUCUAUUCAAAUGUCGUCACGUUUACAGACCACUUCAAAUUGUUAUCGGCAUUAUUUUACUGUGUAUUGCUCUGUUAAUAUUUUUGUCAUUAUUGCUGAGCAACAUUGAUAAAUCAAUUCAUUUCGUUGAUUUUAAGCAGAUAUUUGCCCAAGGCAAUCGAACAUUACCAAAUCCAUUGGAUAUUGUAGUCACAUGGACAGGACAGUUCUAUCCUGCUAAUUAUAUUAUUUUGUCAUGCGUAUUAAUUUAUAUCAUACUAACAUCGUUGUAUGGCUUGCAACAAGUUGGCAUCUAUUACUUUUGCAUAAAAAUGUUUCGUUUCUCACGAGGUCGAACAAAGCCACAAGCAUUACUUUUGCUGUGCUCCUUGUUUAUGUUCAUUGUUUUGGCCAUUAACAUAUUCGUUUAUCUCCUCAUGCCGCAAUAUACAAUAUAUGGAGAUCAACGAUAUUUGACAAAUGGAACUGUUGCUAGUAAACCGUGUACGCAGUUUGUUGAUGCAAAUGAUUGUACAAUGACUGUAAUGGGAGGAAUAUUACUUCGAUUUUUGUAUAAAGUGUGGAUAUUCGGUGUUGCUUAUUUCAUCAUAUCAUGGUUAUAUCUUGCUGUAUUUCUUUUUGGUUGUCUAUAUAAAAUCUUUAAACAUCGUGAAUCGAACAUCCACGUGCAUACUGUCGAGAAUUUACUUGACGACGAAGAAGAUGAUCCACUCAUCGAUUCUUAA